UUAACGGUAGAAGUUUUGAAUUUGAAUUUAGAUUAAAGUAGGCCUGGGCGAAAAUAGGCGAAAUAGCCAUUUUGUGAUGAAAUAGUCAGAGGAAAAAACGUGUUGGAAUUAUCGCGAGGAAAAUAAGAAAUUAGCAGAGUAAAAAUAGCCGUAAGUUGUUAAUUUUAUAUGAAAUGAAAAGAAGAAUUCUUAUAUUGUAUUUUGUAGGUAGGACAUAGCGGAAGACGACAAAUACCCGCUGAAAAGGAGUAGGAAAAUCGCCCAGGAAUUAGAAAAACAGGAUACGUCCGGAAAGGUGGAAAAGGGAGUUAGAGGAAGCUCAGUCGAGAAAAUAUCCUCAACCAUCGACCACCCCAUUGCCGACACAUCCCACCUACAUUUUUUGGAAAUAAAUAGAUCAUACAGUCCACAUAGUCAUUGCCGUCAGCAACAUUUUGGUCCAUACGAGCAGGAGCUCGCUUCAGCGACACUAUGGAUUUGAAGAAAGGACGACCGAAGUUUGUGGUAAAUGGCGGCGUGAGACGGAGCACACGCAUCAAUAAGGGGAUCCCUCCAUCUCGCUUCUCAUUUGACGACCUACUGACCCGAAAGCAAUUGGAAAGGUCAAAGAAGGAGUUAGAGGUUCUUAGUCUCGAGGAGACACUUCUGCAACAACGUAGAGAUGCUAUGCCCCACACUUCCACACCACAAGCUCCAAAAAAGGUCAAAAAGCCUCCUGUUGACGAUCUCGAUGGAAUCCUGGGACGAUUUAAAGCUCUCAAAGCUUCUGAUGAUGACUUGAAUGACGUGAAGGAGCCCCCAAAGGCUUUUCAGCCAGAAAGGGAAGCUCCUGUAGAUCCUAUGGCUGUUGUUAUGGAAAAAUUCCUCGCCCGGCAGGCUUAUGGGAAUGAUGUGCAGACUUUUGAUGGGAAAAUUGAGGAAUGGCCCAUGUUCCUCAGCUGGUAUAACAACACCAUUUCCAUCUGCCAAUACACCGAGGAGGAAAAAUUACUAUUGUUGCAGCGAAGCUUGCGGGGCGAUGCCCGCGAAGCUGUUCAAUUCAUGCUGUAUUCCGCUACGAACGUGGGACUUAUUAUGAACCAUCUGAAAGAGAGAUUCGGGCGUCCUGAAUACCUUAUAAAGACGAUGAUCGCCAAAAUUAGAGACCUGCCACAUGUGCGAAUGGAACGGCCUGAGACGUUGAUCAAAUUCUCGGCCACACUGACGAACCUGGUGAUCGCCAUAAAGGACUUCAAUAGCAAUUGCUACAUAGAUAAUCCGUAUCUCAUGGAGGAGGUGCUUGCAAAAUUGCCGAUGGGAACUCAGAUCCAGUGGUCUGAAUAUAGGGAGGUACGCGAAUAUGUGAAUCUUCGCACACUGGCAGAUUGGUUGGCCAUGAAAGCUCGUGCAGCAGGCAACCGUCUGCAACUGACUGAGACCAAACCUCCACCUACAGGAAAGCCCCCAAAAAAGACGGAAAAGUCACAGACCGUGGCUACAACGAUGACGAAUGAAGGAGAGUCUUGCACCAUUUGUGAUGGACGUCAUGGCCCCUCGAAAUGUGAAAUAUUCUUGAAAGCUCCUGUGAAUGACCGUUGGAAGAUGGUAUCCAACAAAAUGCUGUGUUUUUCGUGCCUGAAGCCAAAGCACAGUAUUUCAAAAUGCAAGAAGAACGUCAGAUGCUCCGUAGAUGGGUGCUUGAGGAAGCACAACACGCUUUUGCACACCGACGAUGCAAAGCACAAGGCCCCUCGACAGGGGGGAGCAUCCAAUGGGAAUCUUCAACAUGGGGGAGCACCGACAGAGGAUAGCACACAAGGGGGAGCGCUAGCUCCGUUGAACACAGUAGCGCAUACACAGAAGGUGGCAGACACAUUGUUGAUGAAAAUUGUCCCGGUGGUUGUCUCGGGACCAAAAGGCAGCAUCAAAUCUUAUGCCUUUCUCGACGAGGGCUCGUCAGUCACAAUGAUGAAAUCUUCACUGGCUGACAAAAUUGGUGCUUCUGGACCCAUAAAGCCUCUGCGAUGGCAGGGGGCAACGCCUGGGAUUGUCAAGGUGGAGGACUCCCAGUGCAUCACAUGCGACAUUCAAGGGACAUUUAAUGGUGCCAGGAAGUACACCAUGAAGAAUGUUCGUACUGUGAAUAAUAUGGGACUACCGAGGCAAACUGUAGAUGUACGGAAGUUGAAUCAAAACUGGAGAUUCCUUGAGGAGGGCUCUCCAGAAUCAAUGACAGACGCGGAACCCGAGAUGUUGAUCGGGAUGGACAAUGCUGGAUUGAUCAUCUGUAGGGAGGUAAUUCACGGGCAACAGGACUCGCCUUAUUUGGUGAAAACGCUACUCGGAUGGGCAGUAAUCGGACGUAUUACUCAAGACGACUUGGACAGCGAGAGAGUUUUCACAAUUUUGGAACGCCAGGACGAACUAUUCGAAAUGGUGAAAGGCACGCUUGGGAUAGAAGCAUUUGGUACAGAGCCCACUGGACAAUCACUCUCCCGGGAUGACAAGAAGGCUCUUGAGAUUAUGGAAGCCACCACCAAAAGGACUGAUGAUGGCCGAUUCGAGACUGGUCUUUUGUGGAAAGGCCAGCAGCCACCAGAGAUGCCUGAGUCCAAGCACCAAGCGCUCAGACGGCUGCAUUUGAUAGAACAGAAACUUGACAAUGACCCACAAUUGGCAGCCGCCUAUUGUGCAAAAAUGGAAGAUCACAUUGAGAAGAAGUACCUUGUGAAGGUCACGGACGAAGAGAAAUUGCUGCCACCGGAGAAGGUGUGGUACCUCCCGCACUUCGCCAUAUAUAAUCCUGCCAAAGGAAAAUACAGGAUUGUGUUCGACUGCGCAGCAAAAUCUCAUGGAAAGUCUUUUAAUGAUGCGCUCAUGAAAGGCCCUGAUCUUUUAAAGCCCCUCCCAAUGGUUAUGGGGAACUUCCGACGCGGAAGAUUUGCAUUUACGGGUGACAUCAGGGAGAUGUUUCAUCGCGUGUACCUCAGAAAAAUAGAGGUCAUUUAUCAACAGGUCUUUUGGCGAGGCAUGUCCAGAGAUAAGCCCCCUGAGUUGUAUAAAUUGCAGGUGUUGACCUUUGGAGCAUCUUGCUCACCGACCUUGGCCGCUUAUGUCAAGAAUUUGAAUGCCAAGGAAUUCGAAAAGGAUUUUCCAGACGCUGUGAAAGGCAUCGUGGAGUACACCUAUUGUGACGACUAUUUGGGAACAGCUGAUUCAAUCGAAGAGGCUCGUCAGCUGAUCAAUGACAUCAUUCAUGUGAAUAAGGCUGCGGGAUUUGACGUAGUCAACUGGACAGCGAAUGAUCCGAGGAUUUUGGAUACUCUUCAGGAUGAUAUGAAGAGCUUGAGUGACAAAGAUGGGCCUGAACGUGUACUUGGCCUAUGGUGGAAUUCGACAGAUGAUGUCUUUACUUUUAAGGCAAAUUUUCAUCGUGUCCCUGAGGAAAUUUUCUCUGCUGAACGAGUACCCACAAUGCGUGAGAUUUUGAGGCUAGUUAUGUCAGUGUUUGAUCCCUUGGGUUUUCUGGCACACUUUACCGUCAAGGGAAAAAUUAUCCUACAAAAUCUGUGGAGACUUAAAGCCAAAUGGGAUGAGGAAGUCCCUGACGACGUGUUUCCGGACUGGCGAGAAUUCCUUCAGGAACUUCAGAUGAUUUCUCAGGUCAGCAUCCCCAGAUGUUUUUCUCUCAACCUGCCCAUUGCCCUGACAAUUCAGCUGCAUAUUUUCGGGGACGCCAGCAGCGCGGCUUAUGCUACUGUAGCAUACCUUCGCAUAGUGAGUGUACAUGGCACUGAAGUGAGUUUUGUGAACGCCCGGAGCAGCGUAGCCCCCAUCAAGUACACCACAAUUCCUCGACUAGAGCUGAGGGCGGCAGUAUUGAAUGUGAGAUUGACGACAGCUAUACUGGAUUCUCUUCACGUGAAUGUGCACGACGUGAUCCAUUGGAGUGACUCCCAGACUGUUUUGAAGUGGAUUCGUAGUGACUCGAAGAGAUACAAAGUGUUUGUAGCGAAUAGAAUCAGUGAAAUUGAGGCUAAAUCCGACAUCCGAAAUUGGCGGUGGGUGCCAACAAAGGAAAAUCCGGCUGAUGCGGCCACAAGAAUGGUGAAAAGUGACUUCAGUGAGACAAGUCAGUGGUACAAAGGCCCAAAGUUUCUCCAAUUGGAGGAGAGUUUGUGGCCAAAGGAGGGUGUACACGCGGACAACGACGAAAGUGAUGUUGAACUUGCGUGUAUGAUAAAUUGUGACACAAAAGUGGAUCGGGUCUUGCCUGACAUGGAAAGGUUUUCGCGGUGGAAUCGCCUAGUGCGUGCGACUGCGCAAGUCAGGAAUUUUGCCCAAUUCUGGCUUGUAAAGGUGAGAUCCCGAAAAGUCAAAAAUGGUGAGUUUUGCCGUGGACCGCCUCGACUACAGGCGAAAAAUUUGAUUGAAGCCGAGCAAGAUUUGUUUCGUGAGAUUCAAAAUAGUGCUUAUUCCAAGGAGAUUCAGUGCCUCAAGGAGGGUAAAUCCCUUCCCAAAGACAGUGAUUUGUACACAUUGAUGCCAUUUCUGGACAAGGAUGGCCUAUUGAAGACGCAAAAUCGACUCACCAACAGUGAAUUUCAAAAGAAUUAUCCCAUUGUUUUGCCCCAGAAGCAUUGGGGAACGAAGUUGAUUAUUAUGGACAUUCACGUUCGCAAUCGCCAUCAGGGACGUGAACAGGUAGUGAAUAGCGUGCGUGAGAGAUUUCACGUGCCCCGGGUGCGUGUGGCCGUGAGGAGGGCGUGGAAUGAGUGUCAAAAGUGCAAGAACGAUCGCGCAAAGCCACAAAUCCCGGAAAUGGCGCCCCUUCCACCGGAAAGGGUGAAUGAUUGUGUGUUCCCGUUUGUGAAAUGUGGAAUGGAUUUCUUUGGCCCACUGGAGGUCAAAGUUGGACGACGAAUUGAGAAACGAUGGGGAGUUAUUUUCACCUGCAUGGCCACACGCGCCGUGCAUCUGGAGAUUGUCCAUUCUAUGACGACAAACAGCGCCAUCAUGGCAAUAAGGCGCAUGGAAAACAUUUGGGGUCCCAUUACAGACAUUUUCUGCGACAAUGGUACCAACCUGCGCGGAGCAGACAAUGAAUUCCGGCGACUCUUUGAGUCUCUGGACAAAGACGCAAUUCAAGACUAUUUAUCGGAGAAACGUGUGCAGUUUCAUUUUAGUCCGCCUGCGACACCGCAUAUGGGAGGUGUUUGGGAACGUUUGAUUCGCUCGGUGAAGACUGUGUUGAAGGAAGUGAUGAAAUCUCAGCACCCCUCGGACGAGGAAUUGAGGACUUACUUCACCGAGGUACAGUGCAUCCUGAACAAUCGUCCUUUGACGUAUGUGGCAACAGAACCUGAAGACGACACAGCUUUGACACCCAAUUUGAUUCUCCUCCGGCGCUCCGGGGACAAUCGCCCAAUUGGGGAAUUCGAUGAUGGAGAUUUGAUAUCCCGGAAGACAUGGAGAAAAGUUCAGCGGAUGGCUGAUCAAUUCUGGCAACGUUGGAUGCGCGAGUAUUUGCCAGAGCUCGCUAGACGUACAAAGUGGUAUCACCCUGUGAAGCCAAUUGCCGUUGGAGACGUCGUAGUGAUUUGUGAUGGUCAGUUGCCCCGGAACAAGUGGCCUAUGGGCCGCGUAGUGGAAGUUUUCGUGGGAAAAGAUGGAAAGAUUCGAUCGGCUGCCGUGCAAACCAAGGAUGGAGUGUACGAUCGACCAGUCGUCAAACUUGCUGCUUUGGAUGUUUCAUCUGCAGCAUCGAGUGAUAGCAAUUAAGUAUUAGAUUUAUUCUUUGUUUUUAGUUUAGUGGGCCUAGCCCAAAGGGGGAGAAAUGUUAGAAAUGUUAACGGUAGAAGUUUUGAAUUUGAAUUUAGAUUAAAGUAGGCCUGGGCGAAAAUAGGCGAAAUAGCCAUUUUGUGAUGAAAUAGUCAGAGGAAAAAACGUGUUGGAAUUAUCGCGAGGAAAAUAAGAAAUUAGCAGAGUAAAAAUAGCCGUAGGACAUAGCGGAAGACGACAAAUACCCGCUGAAAAGGAGUAGGAAAAUCGCCCAGGAAUUAGAAAAACAGGAUACGUCCGGAAAGGUGGAAAAGGGAGUUAGAGGAAGCUCAGUCGAGAAAAUAUCCUCAACCAUCGACCACCCCAUUGCCGACACAUCCCACCUACAUUUUUUGGAAAUAAAUAGAUCAUACAGUCCACAUAGUCAUUGCCGUCAGCAACAGUAAGUAAUAGUUAUAAUGAUAAAGGAAAAAUAUUUCUUUCAAAAAUUUUAAAAGUUAUAAAAAAAACACCAAAUUCACCAUUUUGCCCCAAGGG